CCGGCCGGGCAGCCGCGCGCCGCGCUUUGUCUCCCUCUCGGUGAGUGUCGGCGGGUCCUGGAGGCCCCAGCUCCAGGCCCGCCCUCGGCCGCCCGCGGCCCCUCCCUCGCCCUGCGCGCACAGCCUUUCAGUGCAGAGUAGUGACUAAACAUUACAAGAAGACGGGCCCAGCAGUUCCAGGAAUCGGGGGGGCGGGGCGUGCUGGCCGCGUAAAUACCCGCGCGCGCGGCCUCGCCGGCGGCUCUAACUCGCACUCUCCGGCUCUCCUGCUCUCACCCGCCACUGCCUCGCCGGGCUCCCGGACGCCCCCUGCCCGGCCCAGCUCUCUGUCGUGGCCCCUCGCCCGGGUCCUUUGCCUGAUCCAUCCCGGGGGCGCCUGAUCGGCCCCGGGGGCAGCGAAGCCGGAGGGAACGCACGCCCCGGGAGCCCCUUUGUGGACUGCUCGACCGCCAACAUCUGGGCGCAGCGCGGGCCACUGCUGGCCGCCGCCGCCGCCUCGCCUUGGGGGCCGUAGGAGGCGCAGCCCCAAAGCCGGAGACUUCGCUUCGGGACUAGCCCCCCGGGAUGCGGUAGCGGCCGCUGUGCGGAGGCCGCGAAGCAGCUGCAGCCACCGCCGCGCAGAUCCACGCUGGCUCCGUGCGCCAUGGUCACCCACAGCAAGUUUCCCGCCGCCGGGAUGAGCCGCCCCCUGGACACCAGCCUGCGCCUCAAGACCUUCAGCUCCAAGAGCGAGUACCAGCUGGUGGUGAACGCCGUGCGCAAGCUGCAGGAGAGCGGAUUCUACUGGAGCGCCGUGACCGGCGGCGAGGCGAACCUGCUGCUCAGCGCCGAGCCCGCGGGCACCUUCCUUAUCCGCGACAGCUCGGACCAGCGCCACUUCUUCACGCUGAGCGUCAAGACCCAGUCAGGGACCAAGAACCUACGCAUCCAGUGCGAGGGGGGCAGCUUUUCGCUGCAGAGUGACCCCCGGAGCACGCAGCCGGUGCCCCGUUUCGACUGUGUGCUCAAGCUGGUGCACCACUACAUGCCGCCCCCGGGCGCCCCCUCCUUCUCUUUGCCACCCACGGAACCCUCCUCCGAGGUGCCAGAGCAGCCACCUGCCCAGGCGCUCCCCGGGAGUACCCCCAAGAGAGCUUACUACAUCUAUUCUGGGGGCGAGAAGAUUCCGCUGGUACUGAGCCGACCUCUCUCCUCCAGCGUGGCCACCCUCCAGCACCUCUGCAGGAAGACCGUCAACGGCCACCUGGACUCCUAUGAGAAAGUGACCCAGCUGCCUGGACCCAUUCGGGAGUUCCUGGACCAGUAUGAUGCUCCCCUUUAAAGAGCAAAGGGGUCAGGGGGGGCCUGGGUCGGUCGCCUCUCCUCCGCGGCACAUAGCACAAGCACAAAAAUCCAGCCCCAAUGGUCGGUAGCUCCCAGUGAGCCAGGGGCAGGUAGGCUUCUUCCUCGGGCCCCUCGGCUUGGCGAAGUGAGUCAGGUGGGACCUGGAAUGUGUCUGAGGGGAGGGGAGUUGCCACCUGCUUUCCCUGCCCCAGCUCCAGCUUCUCUCUCAAGAGGAGCCAGCUGGCCUGGUGGGACAAUAGCAUUGACAAGUGGACUCUCCUCUCUUCUUCCCUUCCUCCACACCCCUCUGCUUCCCAAGGGAGCGGAGGGAGGGAGGGAGGACACCUCGAGUGUGUUGAACUAAUGAGAACUGCAGGGGGAUCUUCAAACUUUCCCACGGAACUUGUUUGCGCUUUGAUUUGGUUUAAAUCCCGAGCAGGCGCCAGGCCUGGGGGCCAAGGGCGGCAGGCUGGCCAAAGAAACGACCACUCCCACUGCCCAGCCUAGGUGAGGAGUGGUGGCUCCUGGCUCUAGGGAGAGAGAGGCAAGGGGUGACCCGAAGAGAGCCAUUCUGGUGCCAGGCUCCUCCCUUGGGGCAGCUAAUGAGACCUCCCAGAGCCCUCCCCGUUGUUAAGGCUCCCUCACAGUGGCAUGCGGGAGGGAGACGGAUAGGGCUGGUCAGUUGGCCACCUUUCCCAACACCGGAGGGAGACAGGUGAACAGAUGAGCCAUCUUGGAGCCCAGGUUUCCUUAGAGAAGAUGGGGGACUCUUUUGUUUCUCCUAUGUCAGGCUAGGAGACUUGCCUUAAAUGCCCUCUGUCCCAUGGAUAGGGAUUGGCACAUGAGGAGCCAAACACAGCCAAGAGGCAGAAGAGCCGGGGGAUUCACCCAGUGGCUGAAGGGCAGGGGAAGUGGGUGCAGGGAGGAGACCCUGACAUGCAGGAGACUCCUGAGUGAUCACUGGGAAGAAAUUGGCCAGUCUUAGGCACUUCUUGGUCAGCGGGAAUCAGCAGGUCCCAGGGCCCCCCAGGCCUGCAUAGCUCCCCCUCCUCACCCGGGGUUGGGGGGGAGGGCGAGGCAGGAGGUGAUGGAGAAACAUUCAUCUAUCUGCCAUUCCACAGUGGCCACUCACAGGAAUGCAGCAGCCAUGGAAUUACCUGGAACUGGUCUUGUUUUGGGGAAAAACAACAAAAGUUUUGAGUCAGGGAUGGGGCUGGAUGGGGCAGCUGUGUGUUGGGGUGGCUUUUUUCUCUCUGUGUUGUUUUGAAUAAUGUUUACAAUUUGCCUCAAUCACUUUUAUAAAGAUCACCUCCAGCCCUCCCCUUUCCCCAUUCAGGCCUUUGAGGCUGUUUGAAGAUGCUUGAAAAAAACUCAAAACCAAAUCCCAGUUCAACUCAGACUUUGCACAUAUAUUUAUAUUUAUACUCAGAAAAGAAACAUUUCGGUAAUUUAUAAUAAAGAGCACUAUUUUUUAAUGAAAAAGAAAA